CCGCGGGCCGGGACCGCGCUGCAGCCGGGGGCUGGGGCUGCUGGGCGGCGGGGGCGGGACCGGGCCCCCUGCAGCCCCGGGCUGCUAGGACCACCCCCCCGCUCCGCUCUGCGCCGCUCCACUUGUGCGCGGACCUGCACUUGCUCCCGGCUGCCCCGCACUUGCCCCGGCGGCGCGGGGAGAGGCGCUGCCCCGUGCGCGCUGCGGGCCACGUGCUGGAUCGCGCCCCGCAGCCCUAGAGCCGGCCCGGCCCGGCCCGGCCCGGCCGCCCCGCGCGGGUCCGCCUGAGCCGGGCGCGCCGAUCGCCGCGGCCUCCAUCCCUCGGCCGGGGCGGCGCUGCCCUGAUCGGAAGCCCCGGGGCCGCUGCGGUGCCGCGGGGGCGAUGCGGAGGGAAGGAGCCGCGGAGAGCAGGAAACAUGAGCCCGCAGGAGGCGAGAGACCAGGGCUGAAGCUUCCCUCCCGCAUUGUGUGCGCCGGGGCCCCCCCGCCGGCCGGCCGCUAGCUGCGCAGGGCGCACAUGAGCCCGGCGUCCCCACCCCCCGCUCUGACCUCUGCAGGAACCUGCACCGCGGUGGAGGAGACCUGUGAGCUACAUCCCGUCAUGCUCCCACUGAAAUAACCUGCCAGACACCGAGGGAUCCAUCACAAGGAAGGGGAUCAGAGGGCAAACGCCAGCCAUCAUAACCUUAAGCAAAUAUUAGCUCUGCUGCCGCUGCUGCUGUUGCGCCUCUGUCUGGGAAGCCGAGUCCAGGAAAAAGGCUUUAUCCUCCUCGCAGGGCUGGGUCCUUAGGAGAAGAGGGGAGGGGGAGGCAAGGGGGGGUUAUUUGCUGAUGAUCGGAAGUUACUGACAAUAAGCACCUUCAUCUCUCCAAAGGCGGAGAGAGAGAGAGAGAGAGAGGAGGAGGAGGAGAGACAGGGGGAAGAGGAGAUCUGAUGCCUAAGGGAGUCACUCGGAGGAGGCAAAGCAGGCAGUAUCUCAACUUCUCAUCUUUGUUUAUCAGCGCGAAGCGAGAUCGCUGGAAAUCUGCUGGGUUUUAUAACUGGAUCAUUCCCAUGUCAAGGCUGCGGUUGGGGAUUUUACUCCGUUAACUUGAAGCCACUGACCUCCCCCCUCUCCUCACCCAGCGAUGUAUUCACUGCUCUCAGCCUGCACUUGCUUAUGUUUACAUUUCCUGCUGCUGUGCUUUCAGGUACAGAUGUUUGUUGCCGAGGAGAAUGUGGAUUUUCGGAUACAUGUGGAGAAUCAGACAAGAGCAAGGGAUGAUGUAAGCAGGAAGCAGCUUAGACUCUAUCAGCUGUACAGCAGGACAAGUGGAAAACACAUCCAAGUGCUAGGCAGGAGGAUCAGUGCCAAAGGAGAAGAUGGAGAUAAAUAUGCCCAGCUUCUAGUGGAAACAGACACAUUUGGCAGUCAAGUCCGGAUCAAAGGGAAAGAGACAGACUUUUACCUUUGCAUGAACAGGAAAGGCAAGCUAGUGGGGAAGCCCGAUGGCACCAGCAAAGAGUGUGUUUUCAUUGAAAAAGUUCUAGAAAACAACUACACAGCACUGAUGUCUGCAAAAUAUUCGGGCUGGUACGUUGGAUUCACCAAAAAGGGAAGGCCACGGAAAGGGCCCAAAACCCGGGAAAACCAGCAAGAUGUACAUUUUAUGAAAAGGUACCCAAAGGGUCAAGUGGACAUACAGAAACCUUUCAAGUACACGACAGUGACCAAGAGGACUAAGAGAAUACGACCCACCAACCCCAGUUAAAAAAUAGACAAAAACAGUGUCACAAUAAUAAACCACAAAAAACUGCACCAGAGGAAUAUUUUUACAUUAAAAAUAAGGAAGAAGCUCUAUUUUUGUACAUUGUGUUUAAAAAAAAAAAAAAGUAAAAAAAAAAAAAAAAGACUGAUGGCAAACGCUGGGGAAAGCUGUUAGGAUUUUAUUGUGACUUGAAAAACAAAAUGAACUGCUCUAUUUAAAUUGACUUCUUGUUGUUGAUGACACUUAGGUGCUUAUUUCUCUUUUGGAAUGGACUUUUCAAGCAGAUCCCCAGAGGAAAAAAUAAUAAUUAUUAAAAAAUAAAUAAAUAGGGUAAAACCAAAGAAAACCAAAGUUCUUUCCCAAAGUUACUGAAACCUUGACCCAGAAAUCGCCAGUUUUGCAGUAAUCUAUUUAUUGUCUGCUGCAAGCUGUUCCAAGACAAGAUGGUGUGCGCCGCAGUGAUUGAGUUUCCGUGGAGUUCUCAACGCAUCGAUCUUCUGUAACCUUUUUGACGACAUAAGGUUUCACGGCUCUGUGAUCCUGCAUUAUGCUCAGUUCUGGAGAAUGCUGCUAAAUACAUUCAAGUGACUAAAAAUGACCUAGUACACCAAUGAUAAGGGAAUAUUUUAAAACCAGCUAUAUUAUAUAUAUAUUAUAUAUAUAUAAGCUAUUUAUUUCACCUCUCUGUAUAUUGCAGUUCCAUGAACCAAGUAUUACUGCCUCAACAAUUAAAAAAUUAUUUAAAACACAUGUACAUAUUGCUGCUGUUCAGAAUUUUUCCCCCACUGCCUCAGUCGAUCAGUUAUUGCUGUGGACUUUCAUCUUUUUGUCAUGGUGUCUGGGCACUUACUUCUUACUGAAAACUUAAUUUUCAGUCUUCCCCUGGGUCCAACAAUCCCCCCUCCCCUGAAAGUAGAGUAGAUUUGUCAGUGGUCUGGGAACCAGGAAUUCCUGGAUUUUCUUCUACUACUGAAGUUUUGUCUGGAACAAGUGUUAAAGGAAUGCUGCUUGCUCAGGUUGCUAACACAGCCAACAAUGCUUUGUAAAACUCUAGCCAUGUGUAUGAUAAUCCUCACCUAGACUUUAACUUGACCAACCUAACAUGCAAAUGUACAACUUUCUUUUUCUUGGUUAGAGUUUUAGAAAGGAUUCUUUGUGCUUACUACCUGGUAUAAUUUAACAAAACAUUUUAAAAUCCUAGUCUAGACAAGGAUUUGGUCUCUGAUAAGUCACUUACCCUUUCUGUGACUGAGUUUCCCCUCUGUAAAAUGGGAAUAACAAUGAUCAUUUACCUAACUGGGGUUUCAUAAAGAUGAGUAAGUUAAUGGAACCUGUUAAACCUUGUGUAUAUGCUAAGUAUUAAUGGAAACAAUUAUCUAUGUAAUACUGUAUAUUGACCUGUUUACCUACCAUCAGGGUGGAUGGAGAACAAAAAAGAAAAAGAAAGGUUCAAGCAAAAUAAUGGUUGACUUGAAAUUUUGAUUGAAAUUGUAACCAAUUUUGAAUGGACCUUUUUUGAGAAUUAGGAGAUUUCACUGGUUGUUUUCACUGUGCUGUUUAAAUGCAUCUCUGCACUUCCUGUUCCAGUCACGAUCUGGAAAUGCUGAGAUGCGUUCAGAAAGCUUAUUCUUGCUAAUCAAGAGAACAGCUUUCAAAAAUAUCUUGAGAAAUCUUAUUCUUGCAAGAAUUCCAGACAUGCUUUACAUAUCAGAGCAGUUUGGAAUGUGUUCAGGUAAUCAUGCAAACUUUGGGUUGCUUUCUGAACAGUAUAUCAGACCUUUCAAGUCCAAAGAAAAUUAAGCAAUGCUAAGCAAUCUUACUUCUCUUUGCCUGCAGAAAAAACUGACAGCAUCACAGGCGAAACUUUCCCUGAAAGCUGAGCAUUUACAACAACUUGAAAAACAAUUAAUCAGCUGAAGACCACAACCAAGACCAGAACUCCAUUGUGGUAGGGUAGCGUAUGAGCAAUAAGCAAGAAACAUAACUCCUGUAUCUCAAGAACUCACCAUCUAAGUAAGCAAGGUGGAAAAAGAGUAGGAGGGGAUGCAGAGUGGUGAUUUGACUUGUCCAGGGCACCGUGGUACACCAGUGGCUGAGCCAGGAAUAGAACACAGGGCUUCUGCUGCCCAUUUGAAUGCCCCUUCUACUGGCCUGGACUGCCUCCUCUGUUCUGCUCUGUUUUAGGUAUCCCUGGGCUUAUUAGCCAACCAUUUGCCUAUGUGUGAGGGGAGAGCCUCAUUAAAAGAAAAGAAAUAAGUUGGGAUUGCCACUGAUGGGAAUUGGAGGUAUGGGCUUCUGUAUCACUGCCAGUCUUGCCCAUUGAUGCUUUCAGUGUGUGCAACUGCCUGUAGGGGCAUGGGGGAACCCUUAGAUACCUCCUUUCAUACACUGUUCUAGCAGCAGCAGUGACAGGACUUUUUCUGGGAAAUGCAAAGCUUUGAAAUGUAAAUGAAAACUCAUGCAAUAUUGCCAACCCCAAGUGUUCAAAAGCAUGAUAUUGACUUGCACAAUCUUGAGAUUGUAUAAAUAAUAUAUUUUAGAUUUUUGUUGGUGCUGAAGCCAUUUGAGCUUACAGUUCCAGUCUUCAAAUCAUGAGCACAAUUUUUUUUUCAUUUAACAUGAAGUUGGUAGUCUUGUGCUUAUCGCAGGGCUCCCAAUGCUGGAGCUUUAAGAAAAUUAUCAGAAAUCACAGGCUCAUGGCAGUUGGCAGCACUGGACAUCUGGCAGUAAGACCAAGAAGAGAAGUGUAACAGCCUUUUCUAGUCAGAGGCAGAUCUAGAGGGGGUGCAGUAGCAGCCAGGGACUUAUUUUAAUCUCCAGAGAAGGCAAGAAUUCCUUCCCUCCUUUGCCCUCUAUGGUCAGAGCACAUCCCUUCCCUUGCUUGCGGCUGUCAUGAUCCUUGCCAUCUUGAGGGUGAGGGGAGCUCCUAUCCCAUUCCAGCCAGGCUGCAUAGGAAUGGGGCUCAGUCUGGAACAGUGGCAGCAAUGGUGGCAGGUGGAUGGGUUCCCCUGACUUGCCUGGUAGCUCUGGGCGUUCCUUGCCGGCACAAGGAAAGGAAACUCACCUGCCAACCUGCUGCCACUGUCCCAGGAUGAGCCCAGCGCCUGUGCAGUCUAGCUGGAGUGGCUCUGGAGCUUCUCUUGUGCCUGGGACAGUGGAGACAGUGGCGACAGUGGCAGUGACAGGCGGAGGAGGGGAGAAAAGGGAGUGCCUCUGAGCAGGGAGAAGGGGAAAAAUUCUUACUUACUUUGGGGAUUUAAAAAGUCCCUGACAGCCUCUUCCACAGUACAAUCUGUCUGUCCUGGUGAAGGGAGAAAGAAUGAGGGCAGUGGUGGGACGAGGGGAGUGCAGGCAUCCCUACGGUGCCAGUCACUGCUGCUGCACUCGGCUUUGUAAAAUCCUGGAUCCACUAAUAUAGGGCAAUGAAAGGUGAAGCUAAUAUGGAAGCCAAGUAUAUAUAGACACAGAACUGGAGCCAAGUCAGGGAGCUGUUAGGACUCCAUUGGCCUGCCACCCACCCAUGUUGAGGGGGUGGGCAGGGGGGAGAGGAUUCCUUUCUGACACCAAUAGUAGCAUGUACCUGUGGAUUAGUGGAAGUGAUGGUGAGGAUCCUUUUGGAUUUGUCUGCGGUUGUAAACUGUGGGGCCCUGUGUUCUGGGGAAGUUCAGCAGCGUGGUGGUGGUGGUGGUGGACAGUGGAAGCAAUUUGCAGAGACUGAUUUCUUCAAGGGCAUGGGAAUGAUCCUCAGAGUCUUUUCCUUGAUGCUUGGCCAUGUCAUCCUCAUUGCAGUUUCACUGGCAGAAGGCUGGGGCAAAAAUGGGGGAGUUGACUUCCUUUGUUCUCAAGAAGAAAGAUGAGGAUGGGAGAAGAUAAGGGCUGGUUUUCUGCCAGAGGAGAGACCCAGAGGCUGGGAGGCGCUUCAUCCUGUUUUUGAGCCUAAUGAUGAGGUCUGGAGGAAGCCUUUGUACAAGGGGAAGAGGAGUUGUAGUCCACAGCACCAACCUCAACCACUUCAGCUAAUGGGGUGAGUGCUAAAUAUUAUAGAAGUAGUAGGCUGUUAUUUUCUUGUGUGCUCCAGCCAUUAGUGGGAGAGCUGAUACAUGCUUUGCCAUUGGUUUUAGCUUUGCCAGGUUAGGCUUGCUAGCUGGAAGUGAAUCAGGACUUCUGGGGCAUGUCUACACAUGCAUUAGUGUGCCUUUUCCAAGGUGCAUUAAGUUUAGUACCUCCAAUGUGAGGUACUAAAUGUGCAUUAGGCUGCCCUAAUUCACAAUAGUGUAUUUGCACAGUUUUUAAGUGAUCCUUAAUGAGCAGUAGACUAUUUUACUGUGCAUUAGUGUAAAGUCAGUUUUUUUGUGAUGCUUUAAUGCACAGUAAAAUAGUCUACAGUGCAUUAAAGUGUAUGUGUAGAUGCACCCCUGGGUUAUGUUUCUGGCUGGAGGAUGAUAGCGUGGUCUAGCAGUUAGGUCAGGAAACUGAGGUAAGAUUCCUGGGAGCUAUGUGUUAAUCAUGGUUGUGCUCAUCAAUAUGUAUGUUUGAAAGGUGAUUAGGCAGAAGCACUUUUGCUUUUCAGACACUGGAGCCAUACACCUAAAAUAAUCCUAUGGAGAAUCAGUGUGGCUAAGUGGAUGGACAUUCGGGCUGCUCUCUUGAAGUCAUCAGCUCUAUUCCUAGCUCUGCCAAAGUGACCUUGGAUGGGCUCUCAAAUCCAUGGUAACCUUCUUUGUAGAAAGGAAGGAAUAAUAGUCACCAGUUUAUUACAUUAGAAUCAUGAGGUUUUGAUCAAUAAAAAUGUUCAUGAAGGGCACAAGAUUAUUAACAUAAUCCAAUGAAACAAAGGAGACACAAUUCAGUGUCUUGGUUUCCAGUACAGAGUAUGUCCCUGUAGGGCAAAAACUGGUCAUUCUGUUGGCAGGGGAAAAGACAUCCAGAAAAUUGGCAGUGGUGGGUACUGAGGGCUGCUGAAUAUUUUUUUAAAAUCUGACCAGUGGACAACAGCUCCACUUAAUUAGCUUGGCAUACUUGUUCUGAGGAGUAAUUCUGCGGGAGACACCUGUGUCACUGCACGUCAGGUUGCUCUGUAUGGUCUAUGACAAACAAUUUCCUUCUGGGUUAGUUUACAAACAGUUUUCAAAAACUGGAUUAAAAUUUUCUCUUUUCCUGUUGGUCUGAAGAUUAUAGACUGGGCAAAAGUUUGUAAUUUAUAUAUCUUCCCUUCAAGAAUUCUUCAGCCUCCUUGCUUGUGAGCUGAGGUUUAUAUGGACUGUUAAUUUUAGGCUUACUUUGUAAAUGAAAGCUGUUAAUGAGUAUUUACUAUGGUGACAGUAAACUCAAGAGCAAAGGCUAAUAGUGGUCAUUUGCCUGAAAUAAUUAAUGGCAGUCAUACGCAUGGAGUUUGGUUGGGAACAUUUUAAACAUACACAUUAACUAAUUAAUAGCAUAUCAGUGCUUUCUCAAAUGAUAUUGCUGUAUCAGUAGCAACAUUGCCCUAUCCAAAAAUGGACAAGGAAAUUCAGUGAGGAAUGUAGUGGUGUUGUGUGUUAUGUGAGAGACAAAGGUAUUUUGUGGGGUUAUUUCUUCUACUGGAUCUAUUGCAUGAUUGGGAGACAUUUUAGACAAGCUUUCAAAUACAAAGUACUCUGCUUCAGGUCUGACCAUUGUGUGAUAGACCAUUGUGCAUUGUGUCCAUUUUGUCAUGAACCUAGCAAGUAACUCAUGAUGCUAUAGUAUUUCCUGCCUCAGGCAGGGGGGUUGUACUAGAUGACUUACAGAAUAUAUAAGUCCUUGUCAGGGUAUACACUCUGAGCUGUGGAUAACAGCUCCACUUAAUUAGCUGUUCAUCUCUAAACUCUGGUUAAGAACUUUGCGGCUGGUCUAAGCCAAGCCCACAAAUCCCAACAGCCCAAAGCUCUUUGAGGAGUUUGGAUCUUUAGUACAGAUUUAAACUCUGUAGUUUUGACAUUAUUUCUUGCAUUUUGAAGACUGUAAGAGAGUAAGACAUGUAGGUCAGCAAAUUUCUCACUCCUUGGCUGCUAUCUAGGUUGGUGAAAUCAAAGUCUCAGAUGCUGCCUUAAACUAUUAUAUAGUUGACGCUAAUGUUGUGCCUGUUACCAGAGGAAUCAGUUUGAUAUCAUCAUCUGUACGGAUACUGUUAUUGGCAAGGGUAAGUGAGGUGAGCCAUCCAUAACAAUAUUAUCACAUCCUGCUUUAUGCCCCUCUCUCCUGUCUAUUGUAGGAUGCAUGGUCUGGCUUACCUGAAACCUUUCAUAGGCAAAGACACUGUCAGCAGGUGGUGAUCAACCUGCCAGGUACGUUUACAUUUCCAAAGCUGAGGUUUUCAAUUACACAGACAAAAGCUUGUGCAGUUUCCUGUUCAACAACAGAGUAUUUGUGCUUGACUGUGGCACUGUUUAUGCAAAUGCAGCUGUCAUCUCAGACUUAUCCUAUGGAUCACUGUGGUUACUGCACCUGGGCCACAGUCAGCUUAUUUGCUUACACUGUAAACAGUCAGCUUUUAACAACCCUUUCCGUUGAGAGCAGAAGAUAUCCUUCUCCUUAGAGGACUUAAAUUUCAAAUGGGCCUCACCAUGGAUUACUUGUUGCUUUUCUUUGAUCAGCAUUGGUCAAACAAUGUUGCAUCACACAAUGGCCUUUCUGGAUGUGUCAAUUUUUUUUGUUGGUUUAAAAUGGUGGGAACAUCUAUUCUAAGAACAUGGCUGCAAUUUUCAGGCAAGAACAUGUGGGUCAUUUCUGGCCAAAGUGUUAAGGUCCUCAUCAGUCAAUGUAUUGUGUGCAGUCUGGUGAGAUCAGCCCAAAGCUACCUCAGGCAUACAGGGGAGUUGUCUAUAAACACUGAGGAACACUGAAGUUUGUUCAGGACGGUGGGAGUAAUGUUUCUUUCAGUGAAGCUAUGGGUAGUUUUUUUCCACUGGUUUCAAUGGAUAGCUAAUCAGAAUAUAAGACAAUGAUUUUAUGUGGCUUCUGGAGCCAGGACUACAGCAUCUUUUAGUCUUCCCAUGCCAUUAAGACUGGUUCCAAAACAUAACAUUAGAGUAGCUACUUCUACACAAAUAUGCUCUACUGUGACCCUCCAUCUUUUCCAGCCCAGAACAGAAUUUCCCACCUAUCUCCCUUGAAUACCGUUCCAAUUUAGUAAUAUGGAAAGGACCACAGUAUCCUGUUGGUGACCUCCAGGUGACUUAUUACCCUCUCAAUGACUCCAGAUUAAUGUUCCACGAUGCAUGUUUUCUGUGACUACCACAGGGAUGUCAAACCUGCAGGCCAAAUGCGUGGCACAGGACCGGUUCAUGAGCCUAAUGAAUGCCAUGGGGCUGGCCCCACAUGCUGGAUUGGGCCCACAGAUCCUCUCUUUCCCCUAUGUGCUGGAUUCAGUGUCCCAAGCACCUGCUGUGUACCAUUUGCAGGGCCCACUCUGGCCAGUCUGGGACAUGAGUUACAUGUGGCGACUGCUCCAGCCAGUCCUGGGUCCUUGAUUGGCUGGAGUGUGCACCAGGUGUGGUGCAGUCCCAGACUGGGUGCUAGAUCUGGCAUGCAGGGGACCCCCACAUGCUGGAUCCAACACCUGUUCCAGCCAAUCUGGAAUGUGUUGCAUGUGGUGCAGCUCUGGGACCCAUAUGUGGCAUACUCCAGACUUGCUGAAGUGGGUGCCAUAGGCACAUGUGACAUGUGGGUCUUCUCAGGACCAAGGUCCAGCACCAGGGGCCAAAUGAUGUGGCUCUACAGACAGGAUCCAGCCUGCAGGCUGCAUUUUGACACCCCUGGGCUACCAUGGAAAGUCAGGUAUAUAUGUAUAUUUUCCUGAAUUAUUUUGCAGGCACUAAAAAUGUACACAUAAGAUGCACAGAAGCUGUUUAAAUGCCUAUGUCUCAUAUCAGCCUUAUUAAUCAAAUGCCCAAGGGAUAUUUAUAAACCGUUAAUUAUUUUUUUAAUAUUCAAAUUAUUGGUUUGGUUACUGGUGAUUGGAGGAUCCCUUACAGAAGUGCAGCUCCCAGCUGUAAUUUGGAAUGAUUUUUGCCAAGUGUUCUGAGUUGCAACUUUACUCUGGACCAAACAGAAGUUCACUGUUGGUCCCAGGGGGGAGGGGAACCGAGCUGCAGGCUGGGAACCAGCAGCCAGGUUCCCACAGCAAUGGCCAGGGCUCUCUGCCAGUGCUCCCUGUUUUCAGAAUGGGAGUGGGAAAAGGCAGUGGAGAGGGAUAAUUUUUGGGGCUCCCCAGCUGAUGCUGAAGGGUGGGGUGGGUGAAUUGGAGCCUCCCCACCUCAGUUGGGGGGGGAGGGGCUGAAAAACCCUCAGACUGAACUCCCUCCACUCCCUUUCCCCCCUCCCAUUUUUAAAACAGUGACAGGCUGGGAGCUGCACAGACACAAGUUACAAAAGACACCACAUUUUGAAACAUCUUUAUCUGAUACCUCAUGCAAUGAGGGGUCAGAUUUUCACUCAAUUGGCCAUUUUUUAAGCGGUCUGCAGCCAUGCACUUGUCACAGCUAUAAAUUGCUUUCUGUGGCCAGAUCAAGUGAAAAUUGUCACUUCUGUCUGUGCCCAUAAUCUCUGCAGACCAUGCUGCUUCAAAUAAUAUGUAGGGAAGACACUAAGUAAUGGGAAAUAAUAGUUAUUGUUACUAAUGGUAACAUAGCGCAUGGGGGUGGUAGUGGUGAUGGUGGAGAAUACUGCCCUACAAUAGAUCAAACUGUAUGUUGCUGAAAGGAGAGGAACUCCUGAAAUGUAUGCAACAAACUGUAAAUUGCAAAUCUUAUUUAAUUAAAGCACAAUACUCCAUUUAUUUUCUCUUGAAAUAGGAAGUGGAAUGUUUCUUUAUAAAUUAUGUGUAUAUGCUUCAAUCCAUACAAAGAAGUGCAACUUCUAGUAAGUGGA